AUUGCAGUGACUUUCUCCGAGUCCCUGUUGGGCAUCACUCUAUCACAACUAGCCGCUCACCUCAGCCCAUUCCACCGCGUCGCACUCACACAGCCACCGUCUGAUUCUCCACUCGCCGCCACAAGUGUCGCAUCCCGCUCACCGGCACACUCUCUCAGCAGCCAUCCCCUCCGCGUUCCGCCACCCCCGUCCGUCGCAGAUCCGUAUCCCACCGGCCACCGCAUCGCCAAUCAGAGCAUCAGCCUUCGCGCGAAAACGAGAGAGAGAGCGAGAAUGGUGAGGGAAGUGUCAGAGAGUUGCGUGGAUAGCUUGUUGACGGAGAUGGUUUCGUGCUAUUGCAAUCGAUUCUACGCCAACAAGCCUGAACUCGCUGCUCGCAGGAUCGAGGCCAUUGGAUACCAGGUCGGUCACCAGCUUUCUGAAAGGUAUACCAUGGAGCGGCCUCGGUUCAGUGAUCAUCUAGAGGCUAUCAAGUUCAUCUGUAAGGAUUUUUGGUCUGAGGUCUUUAAGAAGCAAGUAGACAACUUGAAGACAAAUCAUAGGGGUACCUUUGUAUUACAAGAUAAUAAAUUUCCCUGGCUUUCACGGAUGUCAGUUGAUCCAUCUGCUGAGAAUGUUAGUUCCGUUGAGGAUAAUACUUCACCUACACCUGAAAGCAAGGCAGCACAAGCAAUGAGCAUGCAUCUUUAUUUCCCAUGUGGGAUCAUUAGAGGAGCUCUUUCCAACUUGGGAAUUCCCUGUGCAGUUUCUGCUGAUAUAUCAAACCUUCCAGCAUGUUCAUUUGUGGUGCGCAUAAAAGCUUGAUGAGUUCAUUUGCAUUACUGGCGGGAGGGAAGGCCUUCACAUUGUUUGAAAUAAUGCUUUAAUGUCUUCAAGCUCUUUUGUCAUCAAUUUACUGGACCGGGGAAUAUUUCCUUACUAUAUUUAAGCUAUCAAAUGUCUUGGUUGUAUAGGAAGGGCUCCUGGGGAAGUGUUUUGAUAAGUGAGGACUUGGUUCCUUCGGAUACAGAUUCUAGGGAGAUUAAGAGAGUAUGGUGCGUAGUUCCCAAACUGUGGUGUAGGGUGGAAAGAUUUUUGGGAAUUUCAGUCCUUGUAAUGUUAUCACUCUUGUAUUGAAUGAAUGCUAACUUUAUAUUUUAAAACUUUUGUUCCUUAUUUGAUUACCAA